UGAGCUCAUUACAGAGUACAGGCUUGAAACCACUAGUUUGGAUCCGUUAUCCGAUCCUUUGUGAGAGAUUCAGCUCGGCAAAUCUGGGCUCAUGCUGGCAGGCGUCAAUUUGCGCCGUAUUUUCUCCAAGCUCACGUCCUCAGCAAUUGCCAAAAGCACGAUGAAUAAUAAUGAAUGCGUCAAUAUACACACAGUACAAAAGCUAGGCAAAUUCGUUUCGAGUCUAAGAUAGAUUUCCCUGUAUCUCUGUAAAGAUUUCGAGCUUCCUAUUUGAGCCAUGGGCUGCAUACAUCCGAACACUACUUACGUAGGGUUCAGCUCCCGUCAUAUCUUCUGGUAUCAAGCCAGCUCCGUUGCUAAUUUAUCCUCCAUUAUUGUUGCCUGCAUUCAAAUUGUUAUUGCCAAGCAUAUUAACCCUCACUUUACGACCAUGACUUCUCAAAUCUCACCCGAUCUAAUUACCGAAGGAACAAUCCCAUUUUCCCCACCAGGAACCGACAAGGAAUGUUCAACCUGGUACAAAAUAUUCGGAUCUCUCCAAUCGAAAUCUCGCCUCCAUCUGAUUGUUCUCCAUGGUGGUCCAGGACUCAGCCACGAUUAUCUCCUUCCCAUGCAAGAACUCUGGACUCUGCAUCAGAUCCCCAUAAUCUUCUACGACCAAAUCGGCAACGGCAAAUCCACCCAUCUCCAGAAACGAAAGGAGAUGAAACGUUUUGGAAAGAAGAGAUAUUCUGGGACGAAUUGGACAAUUUCAUCCAAGGCCUGGGAUUGAAGGAAUAUCAUGUCCUUGGUCAAAGCUGGGGUGGCAUGAUGGGGUCGAAAUGGGCUGGGAUUAGAAAGCCAAAGGGAUUGAGGAAAUUGGUUAUAAGUAAUUCACCGGCUGAUCUCAAUGAGUGGGAGAAAGCCUAUGCGGGGUAUAGGAAGUUGUUGCCGGAAGCUGUGGAGGCGAAGCUGAGGAAGGGAGAGGGGGCUGAGGAUUGGGAGGGAAAAGAGUAUGAGGAAGCGUUGAUGUACUUCUUUUCGAAGCAUAUGAUCACGGUGAAACUGAUGCCAGCUGAGCUUGAAGAGAGUUUGGCAUGGGCUGGGAGGGAUGGUACGGUUGCGAUGACUAUGUCCGGACCAGACGAGUUCAAGUCUAGAGGUGUUCUGAAGAACUGGUCAGCGGCUGAAGCUUGCAAGGAUAUUGAAGUUCCAACUCUAGUGAUCAAUGGAACUGAUGAAGGGGCAAGUGAUGAGGCUGUCAAGCCAUUCGUUGAAGGUAUCAAAGAGGUGAAAUGGGUCAAGCUUAAGAGCAGCACUCAUUGCCCGCUGCAUGAGGAGAAAGACAACUAUCUGAAGGUUGUGUCCGAGUUCUUGUUGGGCGAGUAGAAGAAACAUCUUGCUUCAAGGGGCUUCGUAGCAUGAUACUUGCCAUCUUACCAAUUGCCAUGUUAUCAAUUACUAUCCAAUACCAAAAAACACAGCUUGAAAUAUUCUUCUGACAUUUGUAGAGAACGAAUGGGAAGGAGCUGUCUGUCUAGUAGUAUCUCAACGAUAAAUAUGUUUGACGGACAGGGACAGAGACACUCUCGGCAAAAAUGGAAGAAAUAUCACCCACCAAAAGACAAAAACAAAAUAUAGUGAGCUGAUGCUCACUCAGUCUUGAGACCGACGAAGGCAGGAUUUGAACCUACGCUCCCGAAAGAAAUUGAUUUGGACAGUACAUCUGAAAGAAUCAGAGUAGCAAUUCUAGUCAAUCGCGUUAACCACUCCGCCACUUCGCCUUGAU